AAAAUAAUUCACGGAGAAAUAAUUAACUGUCCAAUUGGUGGAUUAACUAAUGAUCAGAUUUGCAAGCAACUAACUAUUGAAAGUGUUUUGUAUAAAUUCUAUACAAUUGCUGAUGAUUCAAGUGAAAUAUUUAGUAUUAUAAAAUUAACUCUGCAGUCCAGCUUCAGUGUGGUCAUCGUCUCAAGUCAUCGUGUGUCGUGGCUGUUCGUCGUCUUGCUAACGGUGUUCCCCGUCUCCCGCAGAUCAGUGGAAAUUAAUAUAAUAUAUAAAUUUAUUGUCAAUUAAUAACUAUUGUGUUUUCGUUUCUUUAAUCCCCUUGCUCACAAGAGUUCUGAGGACCGAGCGUCCGACGACAUCACUAAUAAGGAUUCGUCAGCAUACAAUUAUUUAUUUUAGAUUGUGAUAUUAUCACUAUUAUUAUUAUCAUUAUUAUAUUAUCACUUUCUACCCAUGUUAGCGGUUAUGUUUCUUUGAUUGUAGUUUUAGUUGUUUUUGUGCGAAUGUGCGACGCACGUCGUUACUAACUUACUGUAUUAUUAUGUAUGCAUAUUGAAAUUAUUGAAAGUAAUAAAUUGUUGUAAGUGAAAGUCUUAGUUAUUUCUUACAAGAUUUUAAAAUUGUAAUACCUAACUUUGUUGUUAAUUUUACUAGGUACAGAAAAUACGAAGGAAACAUUGGAUAAUCUAUAUAUUGGAAUUGAUGAUAACGAAAUGCAUGAAGACAAAAGAAACGAAAAAAAAAACCAAGACUAUGUUCAGUCAAUCAAAACAAACUUAAGUAUAACUGAAGCUACAUUUCAACUGUACGUGAUAUUUAGAAAAUCAUUGAUUUUAGAUGAUACUAUUCCAAUUGAAACACGAUGGAUUGAAGCUCUUAAAAUAGGAACUGAUACGUACAGAAUUAAAUUUCAUGAAAAAUUAGUAUACCAAUACGCCUUAAAACAAAACUCACCACCAUCUUCCCAAAUUUGGUCCAAUAUUCCACCAUUGAAAAGCGAAAAGAAUCAAAAGACGUUUUCAAAAGAAUACAUGGUUUUAAUUCAAUCGUACUACAAUGCAGCGAGUACCUACUACUUUUCUAUGAAAUACAAAUUGGCAAAUCGUGUGAUCGAUGAUGGUUUGAAUUUUUUCAUAUCUAUACGAAACCAAUUGUAUGAUCUUAAUACUAGUACAGAACAAGAAAUAAGACAUGCACGAAUAUGGUAUAUACUAUUACAAACAUUGAAAGUAGAUAUUACUAAGUAUGUACCAUAUGAAAAUACCUUAAUAGAUGAAGAAACUAAAUUAUUAGACGCAGAAGAAGAGUUUUUUUUAUUUCAUAAAUCAUUUCCCAGUUCUGCAGUAUUAUUGUUUAGAAGAUAUUUUUUAGACAAGGACAUUGAUACGUAUACGAGAAAUAAAUUAAAAAAUUAUUUGGACCGUCCGACGUUAUGGAAUACAUUUGAUGACGAUAUUUUGUACAGGGAUCAUAUUUCUAUGUACAAGUUUUUAGUAUUUUUCAAUAAAAGUGUUGAAGACACUGAAAAAUUAAUUAAUAUAUUUGAAGCAAUCAAAAGGCCGGUAUUAUCCACCGAAGAUAGAUUAUUAAACUAUGAAGCAACUAAAUUGGCAUUGGAAAUUGUUAAACCAUGCAUUGAUUUAACUACGUCGUCAUCUCAUACGGAUGAGUGUAGCAAAUUUCAAGAGUAUAUAGAUUUGGAAUCCAUAAUUAUUUCCAAAUUACGAAUUCUACAUGAUUUGGAAAAGGAAAAGUUAAUAGAAAAACUUAUAAAAGAACUAACAACUAAUAAUCAUAUUAUUGAACAGAACGUAUUACAUUCAAUUGUGACUGCGGCUAUAGAUAUCGACACAGACUCGGAUAAAUAUAAAACAAAUUUAAAAAAUGUUAAAAAAGCAAUCGAAUUACUUGAUACUUACGUCGAAUAUUAUGAUAGAAACCUACAAGUAAAUAAUGAAAUAGAAGAUGAAAAGUCAAAUGUGAUAUCAAAAAGAACUACUGAGAAUAAAUUCAGUACACUUUUAACCAAAGAACAAUUGCUUAAGAAAUUAGCAAAUACAAUACACACUACAGACGAAAAUGUAAACAAUCUUUUUAUUGCCUAUAAGUGGUUAAUGGAACUGAAUGGAGUAGUUGUUGGAAACGAUUUACAAACUGAUGAUCGAAAAAAAGAAUAUUUAGAUAAAAUAAAAAAAUUGGCUUCUGAAGAAAAAAGAUUGCUUUGCACUGAAAGUAUUAAGACAGAUGCACAUUAUAUGUAUCUAAAAACUAAAUUAGAGAGCAAAAGUUUAUUAUCCCGUUAUGAUUGGGAAGCUUCUAAUAGGCCUAGUGGUUGGAUUUCGAGUAUGCCAAGCACAACAAAAUCAAAAAACAAGAACAUUGACCAAAGCAAGGCUAAAAAAAUGAUUAAAAAACUAAUAUACCUGUUAGAUAAAUUUGAAUGUCCAUACAUCAAUAUGAUAGAAAUAUUUACGAUCAUAUUUAGAUAUUUUUGGAUACUUCAACUUGAUUAUGUUGCGAUGUACCAAAGUAUAAAGAGUGCUAUUACCGAAAUAGUUGUUACUCCUGAAGACCAUUUGAGAAAUUUCGAAGCGAAUGAAUUAUUAACUAUGUAUUUGGUACAACGUAAUGAGUUUGGAAUUAAAAUGGCGAAUGUAAUUGAUGUUGGUAAAGUAUAUAAGACAUUUUUGUUGGAUCCUGAUUUCCGUGAAAAAGUAUAAUAAAAAAAGAAUAAUAUUGAUUCUCAAGAUUUUUCUGAUAACCAUUUAUUGGUGGCGAUUAUUCAACAAAGAAUCAUUAAUAAUGCACUUUAAUUAAUUUAUACUAUAAUUUAUAAAACUAACUCUCUUAAUUAUACAAUUUUAUUUUUAAUUAUAGUAUAUUAUACGUAAAAUAAUUUGUUUUUUAUACUUUUAUUGUAAAAAAGAAAUAUUUCAAUAUUAUCACUUCAUUACAAUUGAUUUAAAGUUAUAUACCUUUCAGGUUAGGUUAUAUAAUUAAAGUUAGAGUACAUAGUAUACAGGGGAAUGAUCACGGGGGGAUAAGGGUGUCAUAUCCCCUGUUAUAUGCCCACCACUAUAGACUAUAGAGACCCUUGUUAUACAGAAUAUAAUAACGCCUGUAUGUAGGCGUCUUAUCUUAGAUAUUUUUGCUUAUGAGCGACAAGACUAUAGUAUCGGUCUUGUCGACAAGUUAGUCUUGAACCCGACUCAUUCGAGUUAAGUAGUGUGCUUAUAGAAUAAAUUAUAUUAUUUUAAUAACUAAUAAAGUGUAAUAUUCUUAUUUAAAAUCCAAAAA